GGCGGCGGGUGGCGAUGCGGGGCUCGGGCGGGACGCGGGAGCAGGACGGGCCCGGACUGGACGGUUUCGGCUUCGGGCCUGCCCCCGCUGCCUGCCCGUGGGGCUGCACGCUCGGCCCCGACGGCUGGAGCGGCGCGCCCUUCUGCCCCCGGCACCGAAUGUCCAGCUUCGCCGACCUCCCGGUGCUUUCGCAGGGCCCCUCCCAGACGGGGAUCCAGUGCAAGACGGGGGAGGUGUGUUUCAUCUGGGACGACGGCCCCGGGGUGGAUUACUACCCGCUGGGGGAUUACGAUGACGAUGACGAUUACGAUGAGGACGAGUCCGACGGAGGUUUGCCGUUCUUGGAGCAUCCCGUCGCGGAGGAGUCAAUUCCCUACAGCUACUGCGGCUUCCGCAAGUCCUUCCUGUGCUCGGCGCCGCCUCUGGAGCUCCCCCGGACCUCUCCGACCGCCCUGGAUGCGCGGCUGGACCGACUGCCCAUACCCUGCCAGACCUGGCUCACGGAAGAGGAAGCCCAGAAGAACGCUCAGGAGCUGGUGGCAGAGGAGGAGCGAGCGAAGAGGAAGGCAGAGAAGAAGAAGCUGAAGAAGAAGAAACAAAAAGACCGAAAGAAACGGGAGAAGCUGGGUCAAGAGCAGAAGAACAAAAAGAACACUGACCCAAGCCCCCCAAGUGGCUGUGCAGGUGCUGGGUCCCCCCAAAACAGUGCUGAGGAUGAGGGAUGCUCCCCAGAGUCCUCCCUGUGCCCUGGGGACUCCACAGUCCCCUCAGGGGACCCCGGGCCGGAGGACACGGUGGUGACAGAGGAGGAGCUGGACCUGAGCUGCACUUUUGUCUGCAAAGCACGGGAGAAGGCAGGGGUCCGGCUGCCUCCCCCGGGCAGUGACCGGUCCCCCGAGACACAGAACAUGGAGCCAAGGAAGAAAGUGCCAGAAAAAGGGAGUGGGCACCCUGUGGAGAAACCUGUGCCCUCACAGCCCGUCCAGCUCAGGCCGCCCAGCCCCAGCACGCUAGAGCAGAGCCUGGCACUUGCCGGCCAUGGCAUCGAGGCCGCCCAGAUAGGCCAACACACUGAGGCCGUGUGGGCUUUCACCGUGGCCCUGGAGCUGAACCCCUGGGAGCACCGGCUCCUGGGAAACCGCUCCUACUGCCUGGAGAAGCUGGGCCGAUACGAGGAGGCGCUGGCGGAUGCCGAGGCGGCGCUGGCGCUGCGGCCGGGCUGGCCCAAGGGCUCCUUCCGCAAGGGCAAAGCCCUGCGGGGGCUUAAGCGCUACGCCGAGGCCGUGCGCACCUUCGAGGAGCUGCUGCUGCAGGACGGGGCCUAUGCUGAGGCAGCCACGCAGCUGGAGGCCUGCCAGGCCCUGCUGCAGCAGUGCAGCCGCCCCGGGGGUGUCCCCGUGUCCCCCUUCCUGCUCAAGGCUAAGGAGCCGCUGUUUCUCCCUGCAGGAUGGGCGCCCAAGAGCUGCCAGGAUGCAGGUGACAAGGGUGUGACAGGAGGCAGCAGCAAGACCCCCGCAAGAGACCCGGAACAGAAACCCGCUGCGGCCAGUGGCCACCCAACACUGCCACCGAGCCACCCCGCCAGGGACUGUUUCCCGCUCUGGGUGGGCAACAUCACCUCCCACAUCAAUGAGAAGGUGCUGCGUCGUGCCUUUGGCCGGUUCGGGGAGAUCCGCUCCAUGCGGCUGCUCCCGAGGCGCCACUGUGCCUUCAUCAACUUCUCUGGGAAGGCGGAGGCCGAGGAGGCCUUCAAGGCCAUGCAGGUGAGCUGGGGGGGGCUUGUGGGAACCCCCUCCACCCUUUGGAUGGCCCUGGAACACCCCGUCCCCAGAGGGGACCUGUCCCAGUGCCAGCUCCUUGUGUCCCCAGGGUGCCACCGUGGAGGGCAGCAAGCUGUUGCUGCAACUCAAGCACCCUGUCCACGCCACCCCGGCGCCCGUGCCCCGCGCCAAGGGCAGCGCCGGCCCCGGGGGGCUGCCCAGUUGACCCUGUUCUGCUGGGGGGGCUGCCAGGGUCCCCCCCCCCCCUCAGCUGCUUGUGCCUUUUCCCCCACUGCAGGGAGUGGGAGUGUGUCCCUCUCUCACCUUGGGGGUGCUGGGGGCCCACCUUGCAGCCCCUCAUGCUGAGGGGUUGGGCCUGGGCUGUUCCCUGUGGCCCCUCAGGGAUUUGUACCGUUUUUUUUUUUUUUUUUUUUAAAUAAA